UCUUUAGGUUGCUUGGAAUGCAAACACUCAUAUUAGACGUUUGCUGUGGAAAUUCGGAGAACUUUAAAAUUACUUCAUAAUUUUUUUUCAUAGUUUUAUAUAGGCCUUUUCCAACAUAAUAUCCCGGGUUUACUUCAAUCGUGCACUUGCCUUUGUUUACCUCAGUGCAGUCUCCACAUAAUGCCAGGUCUUCAUUAAAUGCGCUACAGAAAGUAUAUAGGAAAAUAGAGAAAAUAAAAAUUAAAAAAGUAUGAUUUUUUGACAUUUUAAGCUAAAAAUAAGAUGUUUAUUUUGAUGAAAAUAAUUUUGACUUCUAACUUUUUCAGGACGAGUAUAUCAAUGACUACUUCAUUAGCCUAUUACCUCAUUUCGAUGAGCUUAGUCAUUAGCUUGACUAACAAAUGACAUAGUAAAGUUUAGAUAGAGAUGGUAUUACUAUUUAACUGGUUUUUAUGUAUAUGAAACCUUAUGUUUUGAAACUGCUAUAGUCAAGGGCAUGAAGUAAAUACAUACAUAACCAACCGAAACUCUGUUUAAUCUCAUAAAGCGUGUACAAAAAGUACACAUUUGCUUAACUAACAGUUUGGCUAUUGCUGUCUGAUUUUCUUGUAACAAAAGAAUUCAAUUAAAGUUAUAGCUAGAAAGAAAUAAACACUAUUUUUAAGUAAGUAGCGGAGUAGGGAAACUUGGUCGUUGUAAAUUUCCACUCUUUCGACCCAAUAAGACAGUGUGCGUGUUGGUGCUAGCGGGGGUAUAAAUUGGCUGGGAGCAUAUUGAAUCCACACACAAUUCUUUAAGUAUCACACGUUGAAUAUCUUUGAAAAUGAGGUUCCUUCUUCCACUGACUUUGGCAGUGGUGGCCAUUUACUGCUUCUCCUUUGUUGAUUCAGCCACCUCGGACGACAAAGCAACCACCAGUGGAACAGGCACUGGCACUGGUACUGGAACUGGAACUGGAACCGGUACUGGCACUGGCACUGGCACUGGCACUGGCACUGGGACUGGCACUGGGACUGGUACCGCAACUACCACUACAACAACUCAUGCUCCGACCAGCACCUCCACUACAACCAAAUCACCGGUGCAUCAUAGAAGGAGGCAUCAUCGAAGACGUCGUAUCCUCCACAGAAUACGCAUUAGGCGUGCCGAGGCCGAGAGAAGACGUCGCCGAGGCUAA